AUGCCACAAGAAGAGGAGGUACAGGAAGAGACGUCAUACCAGGAGGAGUCUCGCGCUCAAACUAACCCCAAUCAGAUUGGUGCUCGAGUAGGAACACCUAGGCGUCACCCCUUCGUGGACGGCAUCAUGACGGUCGACCUCCCCGCGCGUUGGAAGGGGCUUACUAUGAAUCAGUAUGAUGGCACCACAGAUCCGGAGGAGCAUAUAGACAUCUUUACCACUCAGGUGGGACUGUACACAACCGAAGACGCAAUCCUCUAUCGCGUUUUCCCAACAUCGUUGAAGGGUCCGACGCUCCGUUGGUUUACCCGGCUUCCCCCCAACUCUGUUGAUUGUUUUGAUAUGCUGAAAACGCGUUUUAGCAUUCAAUUUGCUAUUCCCAAACCCUAUCACAGUACCUCUUUGGCACUGGUGAAUGUGCGGCAGGAAAAAGAUGAGACAUUGCGCAAUUUCAUGGAGCGAUUCGGGAAACUGUCCCUGAACAUCAAUAAUUUGAAUCCAGAGGUGGCCAUGCAUCAUCUGAUUACAGCCCUACGACCGAGCCCGUUUGUGGACAGCUUGUGCAAAAAACCCGUGGCUAAUCUGGACGAGCUCCGAACGCAAGCUACAAAAUUUAUGCAAAUGGAAGAGUUGAAGGAGUUUCGCAACACCACCCGCGGGGAAAUCCAUGACAGGAAGCAACCCGAGAAUGACAGAGCGGCAACCUCUAGAUCAGGCUCUAGGUUCCGAGAGCAAAGACAACCAAAGUAUCAUAGAUACACCCCGCCGAUAUCCAACAGGGCACGGAUUCUAGAGGAAGCCCUUAAUGCCGACCUUAUAUCCCCUCCUAGAAAGGUCCCAACUCCCCCCCAUGCGGACACCACGAAGCACUGCCGUUACCACCGAAAUUAUGGCCAUACUAUGGAAGAGUGUUUCACACUAAAGGACAAGAUCGAGGAGCUAAUACAAGCUGGGCAUCUCAAGAGGUUUGUAAGACGUGAAGAGGGGGGAUUUUCAUCCAGAAAGGAGGACCGAGAUGGGGGAAACGAGAGGAAAGAGUACAGAGCGCCAGCGUAUGGGGGGCGGCGCGAAUAUAACCUCAGACGAAAGAUCGAUCAUAAGAGGGAUGAGCAACGUGAACCACAGGAAAAGCCAUUAAGGGGAGUUAUCAAUUACAUUGUGGGAGGUUUCGCCGGCGGGGGCUCCACUGCAUCUGCCACAAAAAAGUAUGUCCGUGAAGUUCAGAGUGUGAAUGCAGUUUCCAUAUAUCCGCGUAGGCGUAUGCCGCCUAUCACCUUUCGGGACGACGAUUUUCAGGCUGUUGACCCUCAACAUGAUGAUCCGAUGGUCAUAUCGGUGGAAAUCGAAGACUUCGCCGUCAGAAAGACCCUUGUGGAUCAAGGAAGCUCGGUGGAUAUCCUCUAUUGGAGAACUUUCAAAAAGUUGAAAAUCUCAGAAGCAGACAUUCAACAUUAUUCGGAACCCAUAGUUGGCUUUUUAGGUGAAAGGGUGGACACGAAAGGCUAUAUCGACCUUUUCACUAAAUUUGGAGGAGGAAAGGUGACGAGGACGGUAAAGAUCAGGUACCUCAUUAUCGAUGCACACACAUCAUAUAACAUAUUAUUAGGAAGGCCCUCUCUUAAUACGUUAGGCGCAGUCGUUUCUACAUAUCAUUUGGCAAUGAAGUUUCCUUCCGCAUCUGGAGACAUCAUCACCAUACACGUGGACCAACCCACUGCCCGUAAGUGCUAUGCAGAUAGCUUGAGAGGACGACCCAAGUCACCCCUAAGACACGCAGUGCACAACAUUGAGAGGACAUCGAGGAUUGAGGGCGCAGACUUAGAUCCUCGCUUCAAUGAUGACACACGGGUCGAACCAGCUGAGGCCAUAGAGAGACAUGACUUCGGGAAUGGGCUCAAGUACAGCUACACCGGUAAGGCAUAUGCAGAUGUCGUAGAGCUGAAGCAGACGUUGAACGAACAUGCCGAUUUGUUCGCCUGGAGUGCAGCUGACAUGCUUGGAACCGACCCUCGAAUUGCUUGUCACAGACUGUCUAUUUAUGCAGAAGCAAAACCGGUCGCUCAAAAGAGGCGAAAAAUGGGGGGAGAGAAGAGGUAA